AAAUCUCGUGUUUUCGCUCCUGAUGCCGGAAGUUGGUGGGCGGGGUGAAGAGUGACUGCUGCUCCUCCUGCUGUUGUGGAGUAGGUUUGGGCGCCUUUUCGGAGUCGAUUUCUUUGAGAGUUCAGUGGGGAAGACGGGUGGAGAACUACCUUCCUGGGAGUUGUUCCUGCUACUUCCGCUGCCCCAUUGGGGGGAAGAUCCCCACCUCUCUCAGGUCCCUCACCAUGUUACUGCCGUCUGACGUAGCCCGCCUGGUACUAGGAUAUUUACAACAAGAAAAGCUUUUAGCCACAUGUCGAGCAUUUAUACUGGAAAGUUCAGAUUUAAAAGAAUAUGCAGAGCACUGUACCGGGGAAGGUUUUGUUCCAGCUUGUUUACUGUCACUCUUUGGAAAAAACCUAAUCACCAUACUGAAUGAGUACAUAGCAAUGAAAUCAAAAGAAGCAACAAACGAUGUACCAGCAAUGAUGUCAUCUUUGUGGAAGAAGUUGGACUACACACUUUCUCAAAUCAGGAGCAUGCAGAAUUCUGGUGGAUUUUCAGCUCAUCAACGGAGCCGCACAAGAAGUGCAAUUGCAGAUAUGAAAAAGCAGAAAUGUCUUCAGCAGUCAGUUUCCUCAAACCUAGGGUCAUCUGUAGCCCCUCAGCCAGGACAACUGAACUCUACUCCAAUGGCUGCCACACAAGUUAUCCUUAAGCCAAUUAUAACUCCAUUUGUGGCUCAGACAAGAUCAAGUUCUUCAUCUGCACAUCAGUGCCACGUUCAAGAAAACCAUAUUAAUAUUCUUUUUAAAGCAGGAGAUUCUGUCAACCUCAUUUCCGUACCCCAAGAACGGAAGCUUCACUCAAGCAUGAUGUCUCCCGGAAAAAGAAAAGGUGACUCCCAGAAGAAAAAAAGUAUUGUAUCAUCAGGAUCAGAGUCGUCUAAUUGUGAUGUACGGGAUUCUCCCAUAAUGGAAGGAGAAAGCUCACCCAGGGAAGAAGAAAGUGGACAGUUGGAACUUAUAGAGGAUGACCUUCCUCAAAUGAUUAUUGAAAAUGCCAGAGAGAAAAUUCUGAGCAACAAGUGUCUUCAGGAGAAGCUAGCUGAAAAUAUUAAUAAAUUCUUGGGCAGUGAUGGCAGUAUUUCUCAGUCAGCAAAGCAGGCAGACAGUGGCCCAACAAUGCAAGAGUCUUCAAUUGAUGAAUUCCUUGGCCUUCAGCAGGGUGAAAUUCACAUGACAGAAGAAGCCAUCCAGGAGAUUCUGGAGCAAACUGAGUCAGAUCCAGCAUUUCAAGGACUCUUCGAUAUAUUUGAUUUUGGUAAAUCUAAGGGCGGUAGAAAUGCUUCUCAAAGUAUUCCUGCUCAGAAUGGAGGGGUAGAGAAUGCAAUCUUAGUGGAUGAAGAAAACCUGGAAGCACUUGAAAGCUAUAUUGCAACAAAGGAAAUCAGUGAUCAUUCCCAAGCAAUUCUGUCAUACACGGAUCAUUCAAAAGAGGCAUGUGUUCUGAAGACAGGUUGCAGUGGUAGCAAUGUAACCUUGGAAGAACAUCUGGAGAUGGAAAAUGUAAUAGUUGGAGAAUUUCCUGGAGACUCUAAAGUGAGGAGUGAAAGCGAUUCUGCUGAAAUGGAAAUAGUUGACCAAAGAACUGAACGCAAGACUGCAUUUGAUUCUGAACAAAAUUCACCUUCUGUCCCAGAGUUCAGUGGACACAAUGUAGGAGCUUGCAUCAAACAAGGAACAGAUGCAAGAGACUGUAGAACUGAUAAGGACCUCUUAUGUCAGGAUGUUCAGAAUUUACCCAAUUUGCAGUAUGAUCAGUUGGGUACUCCACAGAUCUCACUGUCUGGAAGAGAUGAGUGUUGCUCAUUGUCUAAUAAUGCACUAUCUGAAAAGACAAGUGCAAAAUUGCUGUCCCCUCUGAGAACUGGUCACAAUGAAAUGCUGAAAGGAACUAAUACAGCCAACUUUAGCCAUUCAGCAGAAACAAAUGAAAAUCUAGAACAGAUACUGGAACAGCCAGCUGACCUUCCUGUACCUAACCAGCAAAACACAAACAGUCAUGCUUUCUCUCAUUGUCAAGCCCAGGAUAAAUUAGAGUCUGAUUCUCCUGCAGCAUCUCUAGUGAAUGUGUCUGAUCAAAGUGCUGUAGAGCUUCAGCUUGAAGUUGUAGAUACUUCAAACAGUGUUCAUUCAGAUCAGCAGCCUGUGCACCAAGAACCUUGUUCAGAACAACACAAUCAUAAAUUGGAAGAUUCUGAGAUCACACAGAUUGAAAUGCAAGAACCAUCUUCCACAAAAGCAGAUGCAGAUAGCUUAUUUCAGUCUCCUGAUAAUGAGGGGCUUACAGAGACAUUUACUGAAAGCAAUCCUACCACAUCCACCGUGUGCUGUUCUCUUCCGGAAUCAGAUGUAGAAUCAGUUCCAGGGAGCAAAGAUGCUGGUAGUGUUUCAUCUAGCAGUCAAGCAGCAGGUGUAGAUCCCGCCAGUGUCGUUUCCCUAAAAAUCAUUAUCAGCGAUGACCCAUUCAUUUCAUCAGAUGCUGAGUUAAACAAUGCCGUUUCCAGCAUUACUGGAGAAAACUUGCCAACUAUAAUACUGUCUUCUCCAGCUAAAUCACCAGGCAAAGUAUCAGGACCAACCAGAUGCAUAACUUCAGAAGAGGUUGAAAGAACUGGGGAUUCGGCUUUAGUAGAACAGAACCUUCUUGUCCUUAGACCUCAAGACUCUAUUGCAAGUACACUCAACAUAUCAAAUGAAGAGUGUACUGUUUUCUCCAUUGCGGGGGCAUCAAAUGUUGCCAAGGAUGGGGGAUUUAUACAAUUGAUGCCGGCCACAAGCACAUCCUUCAGCAACUCCAACAGCGUCUAUAUUGCCACCUGUAUGACAGAGCCAACAGCCUUAAAUACAAAUGUUACUCCAUCAAAUUUAGUUGUCCUGCCUGGCAGUUCAACAUCACUUGCAUCACAGGUUCCAACACAACAGUUACGGACUCCUCCUAGAACAAACAACUUGUUUGCUAUGAACCCGCCAAUGUCUCCAAACUUUUCACAAGGUUCUGCUAUCAUCAUCGCAUCUCCAGUGCAACCUGUAUUGCAGGGAAUGGUGGGAAUGAUUCCUGUAUCUUUGAUGGGACAAAAUGGAAACACAUUCUCAGAUGCUCCCCGGCAGGUUCUGCAUAUGCCAGUACAGACUUCUUUAGGCAGUGGUGUUCCUAAACUACCUCUCCCCCCCAAAUUUCAGAGGAUCCCAAGAAACAAGUCAAAUGCAGGAAAGCUAGUGCCGAGUGGAUUAAAGCCAAUAAGUCGUCCUGCUUCUCGAGUACAAAGAAUUGCAAACUCGGACAAGAAUGUCUGCACAGAAUUGAAAAAGAAGCUGGAGACUGUUGCUGUGGAUACCAUAAGUUCCACUUCGAAACAGAAUGAAAGCCACAGAAGAGUGCUUUGCUUUGACAACACUCUGGCUACUCCAGUAGGAAAUACUCAAGCCCCACAGAAAGAAAGGAAUGACAAUCCUUUAGUCUCUGGGAACUCUCCCAGUGCUGUACUUUCAUCUGCUAAAACUCAAUCCUGCAAGAGGGAGCGAGAGAGAACUUUGCCCAGGAUUUUAUGUAAACCUGAUAUUUCUAGCAGAAACUUGACUGUGAAGGACAGCCAAUCUGAGAGAAGACAUUCAGGUCCAGGACUGGCAUCAGAUAUGUUAAGAAAGCAGACAGCAAAUAAAGAGAAUGAAUUGGAAAGGAUUGUUGAGAAAUCCCCCAAAAAUCAGGAGGUGGCAACCCUUUCAAAUGGCCAACAGAGUGUUAACCUUCAUAAUGAGAAGAACAGCUCGUCGGCUCAAGAACUGACUAAAAAGCAGGGGCUCCAGUCAAAUGCAAAUAGUAAAAAUUCAGGAGUUUUGCCUUCAAAGGAGCCAAAAAAAGACCAAACAAAAUCUCCCAACCAAGCCCAUUGUUUGACCAGUCCAUUAACUAAACAAGCUGUGGAAAUGCUACAUGACAUUCAGAGGCACAGCCCUGCUAAUAAACUACCUGAAAAUGGGGAUUUACCAGUACCCCGUACACCUUCGGGAACUGGUGAUAGACACUCAGAGGAUACCUUUGAUAUAAUCAGGACACCAACAUGUAGGCGGUACAGUGAAGACAGUACAACACCAAGGAUCAUGGUCCCUCCGGCCACUCCUGACUUGCCAGCCUGUAGCCCAGCUAGUGAAACGGGCAGUGAAAAUAGUGUUAGUAUGGCUGCCCACACUUUGAUGAUACUUUCACGUGCAGCUAUUGCAAGGACUAGUACUACUACUCCUCUUAAAGACAAUACACAACAAUUUAGGUCUCUAAGAAGUGCAAAAAAAAGGAAACAGGAAGACAUGAUUGAAUGCGAGAGGAAUGCCAAUAAAAAAGAUAUCCAGAACUUUACAGUACCAAUAAAAAAGAAGAAAGUGAAGCAGAAGAAGCUACCAAUUGCAUUUCCUGCUGGAAUGGAUGUGGAUAAAUUUUUGUUAUCUUUGCAUUAUGAUGAAUAAAAAUCAAACUGUUGAUUUCUAGCAACUUCGAAAGGAAAUAACAAAAUGAGAGCUCAAGUCAGUGCAUUGAAGCUUCAUAGAAAGUCACGCUGGUUCUGAAAAAGUUGAUAGCUUAUAACUUGGGUGGAUCUACUUAUGAGAAAGCACUUAACAUAGAGCCAAUUAAUUUUGCACAGUUGUACAUGUAGGAUAAUGUAAAUAUUGUACAGAUGCUGGAGUUUUACAAAAUACUGCUGUUGUUAACACCUGGUGUUGACUGUGUUUUGCCAAAAUGUGCACAAAAACUGUUCAUACAUUUUCAUAGUGACAGACACUGUUGAUCCUAAGUAUGCUUGGAAGUAAGUCUCAUUAAAUUGUGGAACUUGCUUUCUAGUCAUUGUCCUUGGGAUUAUAGUGCAGGACUGAACCUAACCACACCAUCAGAUAGCUGGCUUUAGUUGAAAAAAAUUAGUUAAUAGUUAGCCAGGUCUUAACUGGAUAACUAGCUAACUUCUAUGACAAUUCAGCUCAUCUUAUAGUAGGAAUUAUUGUUCCUGUUCCCUUGUUCCCGUCUUUCCCUUUAGUUGCAAAUGUUACAAUAAAAGCCUUUAACUUUCUUACUAUCUUUAUGAACAGUAAG